AUGUCUAGUACUAAAGAAAAUAAUAAUAUUACUAAUAAUAAUAAUACUGAUGAUCCCGUCGUUUCUGAUGACGAUGGAGAAUUAUUUAAUGGUUUUGGAAGUUCACCAAUUUCAAGAAACCAAAUGAGAACAAGUAAAAGAUGGUCAUUCCAUAAUAAUACAAGACCAAAUUUAAUGGAUUUUUCGUCAGAAGCAACUACUGGUAUUGAAAUACCAAGAAGAUUGUCAGAUAUAACUGGUGUUGAUGGUGUUCAUAAGCAAUUGGAUCCAUUUAAUGAAUUGGGUGGGGCACAAUUAUAUUCAACUGAAUCAGGUAGAUUAUUUCAUGCUGGUAAAAUUAUAAUUGCAUUAGCUGGUUUACCAGGUAGAGGUAAAACACAUUUAUCAGUUUCAUUAACUAGAUAUUUAAGAUGGUUGGGAGUUAAAACUCAUAGUUUUCAUUUAGGUGAUUAUAGAAGAGCAAGUGCAGAAGAUGAUUUAACUCAUGAUUUAUUUGUACCUACUCCAAAAUCAAAUAAAGCACAUGGAUUAAGAGAGAAAGUUGUGAAUGAAUGUUUAAAUGAUAUUUUAAAUUUUUUUAAAAAUGAUAAAGGUCAAGUUGCAAUUUAUGAUGCAGUUAAUGCAAAACCAGAAUUUAGAUUACAAUUGGAAAAAAUUUUUAAAGAAUUAAAUAUUCAAGUUUUAUUUAUUGAAAGUUUAGUUACUGAUGAUUCAAUAAUUUUAAAAAAUAUUGAAGAAGCAGCAAGAAGUUCACCAGAUUAUAAAGAUUGGUCAUAUGAUGAUGCUCAUAAAGAUUAUAGCGAGAGAAUUAAUGCAUUAGCUCCAUUUUAUCAAGAAAUGGGGUCAUCAAAAACAUUAAUUGAAGAUCAUUUAUCAUAUAUAAAAUUUAUAAAUUUUGGUGAACGAAUAGAAUUACAUAAUUCAAAUUAUGGUUAUUUAAUUAAUAAAGUUGUAUUUUAUUUAAUGAAUGGUAGAAUUAAAUCUGGAUCGGUUUUCCUUGCUAGAUGUUAUAAAAAUUCAUUAGAUGUAAAUUAUGAUCCAUCAUUAGAUGAAGAGGGGAUUAAUUAUGCCAAAAAUUUAACAUAUACAUUAAUUAAUCAAUUGAAAAAAGAAGGUAAAGAUUAUAUAAAAGAAAUACCUGAAGUUAAACCACCUUUAAAAAGAGAAUUAUCAGUUGAUGAAAGACAACCAGCUGUGGGACAAGAUGGGAUUGAUGAAAAUUCAUUAGUUAUAUGGACUUCAGUUAAAAAAAGAACAAUUGAAACAACUCAAUUUUUUGCUACUAAAAAUAUAAAUAUUCGAAAUAGAAUUCAAUUAACUCAAAAAAAUCCAGGUAUAGUUGGAUGUAUGAAUGAUGAAGAAAUAAAAUUAACAUAUCCAGAUGAAUAUCAACAAUAUUUACAAGAUCCAUAUCAUUAUAGAUUUCCAAGAGCUGAAUCUUAUCAUGAUUUAGCUAUUAAAAUAGAACCAUUAAUUUUAGAAAUGGAAAGAAUGAGUGGUGAUAUAUUAAUUAUAGCUGAUGAAACUGUAUUAAAAGUAUUUUAUGGUUAUUUAUUGUCAUGUUCAUGUUAUGAUAUACCUACGUUAGAUUUUAAAACUGAUGAAAUCGUUGAAAUUAAAUUUAAUGCUUAUCUGAAUGUAGCUGAAAGAAUAAAGAUUGAAGAUUAUGAAACAUGA